GGAGGGCAGAACCGAACUCCCCCGGAGGUGAAAGAGGAGGCGGUUGCUUCGGGGAGGAGGAGCCCCAGCAGCAAAGGGACAGACUGCCGGCUAGGGGAGCGGACCAGCAGCACAGGCGAAUCUUGAACCCAAGACUUUAGCAUGAAGGGCUGUUGGCAGGUGUCCCCUGAAUCUCUUCUGGUGACAUCUGAUCUUUUGGUGACAGUAUCCCAGAGGAGAAGUUCAGGAUUUGGUUGGAGGAUGCUUGAUGUGAUCUCUUGAAAGCGACCUACAGGGUUCUUUUGCUUACUUUAUAAACAAAUACGCCCGUCAACUUCUGCCUGCUCAGUGUUUGUGGCGAUGAUGGCCCAGUCCAAGGCCAAUGGCUCCCACUAUGCCCUGACCGCCAUCGGACUGGGGAUGCUGGUGUUAGGGAUCAUCAUGGCGGUGUGGAAUCUUGUCCCGGGAUUUAGCCACUCAGACAAACCGGCAGUGCAUGGGAACAGCAGCAGCCCCGGUGGCGGGAUCCUCAAGAGCAAGACAUUCUCUGUGGCCUAUGUGCUGGUGGGUGCUGGGGUCAUGCUCCUGCUCCUUUCCAUCUGCUUGAGUAUCCGCGACAAGAGGAAGCAAAGACAAGGGGAGGAGGAAAUAACCAGAAUCCAGCACGAUGCAGCUGUUGGAGCUCAGUCCCAGGAAGAAGACAGCCAAGAGGAGGAGGAGGAGUCACACUCAAGAUAUUAUGUCCCCAGCUAUGAGGAAGUGAUGAGCACCAACUACUCGGAGGGGAGAGAAUUGGAACAAAACCCUGGAAUGACCGUGUCUCUCCCCUCUUACGAGUCCCUGACGGGGCUGGACGAGACAGCUCCCGCUGCGGCCCAGGAUGCCACCGAGACCCACCCACCAGACAGACAGAACUCCAGGCUGGCAAAACGCCUGAAGCCUUUGAAAGUCCGAAGGAUUAAGUCAGAAAAGCUUCACUUGAAGGAUUUUCGAAUUAACCUUCCAGAAGGGAACCUGCCCCCUCCCACGAUAGAACCUUUGACUCCUCCUCCGCAGUAUGACGAGGUCCAAGAAAAAGCAGCAGCAGAUACCCGGCAGCCAAACUGAGUUCCCAAUGACGUGGAGUAAUGCUGGUUUGGGCACGGUUUUGCCAAGAGACUCCAAAUGGGCUGGAAUGGCUUCGAGUUUUAAAACUGAUGGACCCCAUAUAUAUGUGUGUGUAUCAUACUAACUUUGGUGGGAAGGCAGGGCAGAGGUCAAGAAGGGGAUCAGGAGUGCUAAGCCAGAUUGACAUUCCACAAAAACUUACAUAGCAGAGAGAUCUGAGAGACACAUCUUAGACAUCUCUACUUCUCAUUUUAAGUUAAGAGCGCCUGUUAUCUAUCUUCAGUAGCGUCCCUUUGCAAUCCUGAAUUAUUAGCAAGAAUCACUCCUCUUUCCAUCUAGGAAAGGAAAAGUUGUAUUUUUAUUUUUAUGUGUUUGAGUGUUUGUAUGUGUUUUCCUUUUCCCAAUAGAACCAUGGUUUGUUUGUUUGUUUGUUUGAACAAGAAAAAGAAAAUGUCUCUGCCUUCUCAAGCAUUUUGAAACAUUAACAGGACCAUGCAAGGAAUUGUAUUGUCACCAGGUUGACUGAGCAGCGACACAAAAUGGUUCAGGGGCCUGGAACCCAGUGUGGUUGGUCUUGGAAAGCCGAUGAAGCUCUCAAUUCUUUGAGGGCCAAAGGUCUGCCAGGCUUCCCACAGUGGACAGGUGCUGGUCUUCUUUCUCUUGUACCAUUGGGAAAAAAAUAUAUCAUUACCAAAAGUGUAUAGAAGAUGUCUGGUGUUUUAAAAAGGUUUCUGCUAAAAAUUGUGCAACUGAGUUCUUGUUUUUAAUAAUAAAAAAUUGUUUUGUAUGUAGUA